AUGAUUGGAGACAUCGGUGCAGGCUCUGCCGACUUCGAGGCGUGGGAGAUUGUGGACGUCCAUCCACUGCGUGUCCGGCAACUCCAUGCGUCUCAGACUGAGUGGUGCGGUGCCCGAACCAUCAACGUCGAAUUCAGGCGGCGAUUCCUUCAGAGCAUCUCUGAUAGGAAGGAAGCCGUUCUGUCCUCACUAAGAACUGUUGACACGACAAUGGACUGGCAGACAUUGGGCGAGAGGCUGGAGGCCUCUUUCGAGGGAGCCAAGAAAGACUUCCGCGCGGAAGGCGAUGACUCCUACAUAUUGCGCAUACCUGGCUUACCGAACAUGCCUGAGAAGAGUAUGCCUCGCGGCGGCCGGAUAGAAGUGGAUGCGGAUCUAAUGCGAGAGUCGCACCAGCCCCAACUCAACACAAUCAUCCAGGUGAUCAGAGAUACGCUUCGAGCGAUCGAGCGGCGGAGGUCUCACGGGUUGGUCGAAAGCUGUCCAGAUGAGCUCCUGAUGGCAGGCGGAGGGGGUAACAACAACUACAUAUGCCGAAAAAUCCGCGAGACGCUUGAGCCAGAUGGCAUUUCAGUCUCACUGCCUACCGCCUAA